AUUGAGCAAAUAACAUAACUAAAAUAUUAGUACCUACUGAAACAUCAUAACAUACGUAGGUAAAUAUAUUUUUCUAGAAUAUAUCCAACCGACAGACACAGUAAUGGAAGAGACUGCAGCCAACGAAGCUGCUUCCAUGCCGCAAGAGGAUCCCAUACCUAUUCCGACCAAGGAAGAAACCGAUGUGAAGGAAUCCGGAGAAACAGGAGGUAUUCAGUCAAAGCCUGAUGAUGCUCCACCCUUAUUAAAGGAGGUGGAAGGGGAGCAGCCAGCGGCUGGUGGGCCCCCCGAGACCGCCAAAGCAGGAGAGGUCCCACACCCAGCCGUAGAACAGAAGACGGACAUCAGCCCGCAAGAAGGAGAGAACAUGGAAAUGCAUCCGUCCGAAAGCGAGAAAACGGAUGUGAAUCCACCCGAAGGUGAUGAGACGGAUACAAAGCAAACCGAAGGCGAAGAGACCGAUCCUCAACCACCCGCAAGCGUCCGAAUGACGGAGCUUCAGAGGGUCGCCGACGAGCACAAGAGACAGAAGCGUGAGAAGGCCAAAAUGAUGCUUAAGAGAAUUAAAGGGGAGCCCGCAGAGGCAGCCCCCGAAGAAGGCUCCGAGUGGCCCGAGGAGGCUGGGAUGGAGGGUGAGGAGAAGGAACCAGACGAGAAGGAGGAUGAUGAGCAGGAGCACCACUCUGACGAUUCAGUGGACAUGCAUGGGCGCGUUUCCAAUGAUGAAGAAUGGGCGGAGCGAAUGGAGUUUCUAGACGAAAAAAUCAGCAUCAAAUCCUCUCUGGGCGAGUCUCUCUCGGACCUGGAGGAUCCACGGGGUCCGGCCGAAGCUUCCUUCAUGGGCGCAUUUCUCAGGGAAUUCGAGAGUUUGCCCUCACUAAGCGACAUAUCCGAGAACAGCUCCACGGUUGAGAUUGAGAUUCGUCCAUCCGCCGCACCUGAGCGGGUUUCCGUGGAUCCCGGUAGAUUUGUGCACUCCGUUGACCGCUAUUCGGGCUCAUCUUCCUCAGCGAGGACUCUCAGUGAUUCGUCGGUGCGCUCUGCGGUCCAAUUGAUGGGCGAAGAGGAGGAAGAGCCAGAAGAACUGUCACAGACAUCGUUCCUGGGCAGCCUGAUUGAGGAACCUGAACCAGUCCACAAGGAGCUGGCUAUACAAGACGACAUCGAUAUCAUGGCCCAGAUCUACAUCGAAUCGGAAAGCGACGAUGAUGGCAAAGAAGUGGUUGAUCCCAAGCUAGCCGCAAUGAUCCUUGUUAAAAAGAUGACAAGCGAUUUCCUCGAUAGUCUGAUCAAUCGGGCGGUGCAAAUAUCCGAAAUUGGGGCCAGAGCGAAGCUGUUCGACAAGGGUAAAAUGCUGGUGGAGAUUGAGCGUCUGGUGCACCUGUUCAUCGUGGAGAGGUCCACCAAUAGCCUUCUCAACAACAAGAUGGGGGAGCACUACAAGCGCAACAGAAAGCCGGACAAGUACGCCGCCCUGCCACCACAUGUGGAGGCCAUCGAAGGCCGCCGAUAUAUAGCGGCUCUAAACCUGGUCGAUAACCUGAUGGAGCGUUCGUCGAUCAUAAAGAGGAAUGGUAGUUAUGUCAUUUCACGCGCCCAGCUGGAGCUGCAUGCCUGCUACACCUUGUCGAAGUUUGUGACGGAGAAUCUGGAGACCUGCAUGCGGAAGAACUUGCUUCGCCAGGACUCUGAGCGGAUGCGGCGUCUCUUGGAUGCCGAACUGCGGCGCAUGGAAAACCUGCGCAACGAGAUCAGCGAGAAGCGCUACGAACUCAAUCUGAAUCUACGCUCCCUGGCCGUCAUGGCGGAGAAAAUGCGACUGGUGGAAAGAAUUACAGACGAUUUAACGACAUCUCAAGUGCAAAAUGCCACUGACAAUAUAAUACAUUUGGACAAACGACUUGAGGAUCGCACCAAAGAAGUGCUGGCCAUGCAGGCGAACUACAAGAAGUUCCUGAUCGAAAAGACAUGCAUCCGCGAGAAGCGCACCAUGAUCGCAGAAUCCCUGGAUUUGGCGAAGGAGGUACUGGAUGAGAAGGGCGAGAGGCUGAACGAGUUGCGUCACCAUUUGAGCGUUAUCCAAGCAAAGCGCCUGAAGAUCAAGACCACCCACGCCCGACUCCAGGCCAAGGGCGGCCUACUGUUCCAGCCAGCCCUAAUGUACGAGUACGACAAGUGCUUGGAGGAAGUCGAGGGCAGGCGUCUGAUUGUCGGCAAGCUGCGAAAGACCUACGCGGAAUUGAUGCAUCGCCUUAGUAUGCUGGAACGUGAGAAAACAGCGCUGACCGUGGCAUCAGUAUGAUGUUAAGGAACCUUUUGGGAAGAGAAUCUACAAUUCCUGUACUCAUGCACGAUUGUUUUCAGUGCAGUAUCCAGAUUAAUGGCCUAAUACCUGUUGUAUUCGUGCAUAUAUUCUUUCUUAAAGGAUAAGCUCAACAGAUUCAAUUUAAUGCUUGAGCUUCAGCUAAGGUUUAACAUUCGCUUUUGGACAUUAAACUUAUCCUUGCAUAAACA